GAUGGCUAGAGGAUAAGAAGUUAAAGUCUUGCCUGAAGAGAAGGAUGCAUUAGAGAAAGUAAGGAAAGUAGUGUAGAUGAUGAUUGCUAAUGGGAGCAUUGAUUUUAUUGUGAUUUUAAAAUUGAUUCAAUAGAAAAAGGUUUUCAUUAAUUAAAUUGCAACCGAAUUAUAUAAGUAUCUUUUUUUGAUAUAUUAAAGUAUAACUAAACAAUAUUUAAAAGAGAAAAACGUAGUCUAAUUGAUCUUCUUAAUUGAUUACAUUUGCAAGAGUGAUUUAAAAGAUUUCAAAAUAGCUAUCAAAUCCUACAUAGUCAAACUAUUCGUCAAAGUGUAUCAGAAUUAGAAGGAAUUUGGAUGUGAUCUAUUAAAAUUGAAAACAGUAUUUAAAAGCUGGGUAUCCAUUUCUUUUAUAAAUAGUUCCACAUCUUUCCAUUACCUACAUUAAUCGAAAUUAGCAAUAAAGUUCAAUAAGAAUUAAAGGAGGACUUGGACUUUUUGCCUAAUGAAAAAUUAGAAGAGCUCAAGAAGUUUUACAAAAGUCUAAAUGUUAGUGGAUAUGAGCCAUUCUUAAAUGUAAUGAAUUUUAAUAAUCUCUUUAGGGAACCUACAAAAGACCAGCUGGAACUAAGAGACCAAUGGAAGAUUAGGUUGUUAAGAAGGUUAAACCAGAAUAAAAAUAUUAAUAAACUUAAAGAAUUAAUUUAGAUUCUUAACAAUAACAAUAAUAAUAAAAAUAAAUUAAUCAGCCAUAAAUACAAUAAACAUUAUAAAGCCAUCAAUAAGUUCAUCCAUAUUAAUAAACUAUUCAAAAUAUUCAUAAUUAAAAUAAUCAAACAUCUGCUUCUUAAUAAUAUAGAAACCUCCAACCUUCCCAGAUUAUUACUUAUGCACCUUCAAAUUCUCUGUCAACUAAUUAUCCAUAUUUAAACCCUUAUUAUUAAAAUUAGUUUUCUUAAAUUCCUUAAGCUACAAAUUUGAGUCACCCCCUCUCUCAACCUACACCUCAAUAACAAUAAUAACCUCAACAAUAGCGUCAACCUUAACAACCCUAAAAUAUAAAUAAUAUGCCAUUUACUUAAAUUAAUUAACCAUAAACUUCAAAAUAAGGAAAUAUUCAAUAUUAGCAAUAAUAAUAACAAUAGUAUUAAUAGUAAUAAUAAUAAUAAUAGCAAUAAUAGUAAUAAUAAUAAUAGUAAUAAUAAUAAUAAUAAUAGUAAUAAUAAUAAUAAUAAUAGUAAUAAUAAUAAUUUUCACUAAAUAAUUAAAAAUAAUUAAAUAUUCCAAUAGAUCCUAAUUAAACUACGACAGUAUUUGGUUCAUUAUUCUAGUAUUUUUCAGAGUAACUAUAAAUUAAACAUGACUUGGUUAAUAAAGAAGCAGUUAAAGAUUUUCUAAAGUAAUUGAAUGAAAUAAUAUGUUACUAGAAAAUAAAUUCCAUCUUCAGAGUUGCUUUCAAAUCCUAAUCGUUAUGGAACUUUAAUAAAAUGCCCAACUUGCUUUAUGAGAUUCAGAAACUAGAGUGCUUAUAUUUAACAUUUGAAUAAUCAUGCAAGUUAUCAAUUAGAAAAAUUAAGAGAAGAUUAGAAGAAAGAAGUUCAAAUGAGUUGCUCUAGUGAAGUAAUACUCUUUUUUUUAAUAUAGGAAUGGAUGUCAUCGACAUAAACAAUAAAGGAAAAUAAAAAUUAAGAAAAAAGUUAUUCUAUUGAUCUAGAUAAAUUGAAUAAUCAAAACUGUGCAUUUUGCUUAGAGAAAUUUUAAGGUCGCUGGGAUUCAAAAAAUUGUAAAUGGAUUUAUGAAAACGUCAGAAAUUUCAUUUUAGAAUCAAAUGAUUUCGAUGAUCCUUAAUUAAUUUCGAUACACUAAAAAUGUAAUGAAGUUUUGAAUGAAAUAAAUGCUUGA